UUAAAUAAAAUAACCGGGAAGUAAUUGCCCCUAUCUCUACCCCAAAGGAAUCAGACUAACGCCUUAGUUAGCAUUUGAUUGCCGGGUUGUAUUGUGUAGAGCAUUGUGUAGUACUAUGGGGAGUAAAAAGGGCACAUCACGUAUUAUAACAUAUAGGUAUACGGAAUGAAUAGGAACAGAAUGAAGUGAAAGAGAUAAGGGUACGUGGUGGGAGUCAGUCGAGUGUCUUGUGGCCACUCAGAGUCAGUUGCUCUUAUGCUCGCCAGCCUUAAACAACCACCUACACUACGCUUUUCAAAACAUUUAUCAUUAUUAUUAUAUUAUUUAUUUAAUUACCGAUCGGCAAUUAAACCUGUCAUGGUUUCUCACUUUCCGAGUGUUUAAGUAAUUAUUUAAUAACUUUAAUUGUAUGAAAUGAAUAUGUUAACAAUUUAAUAAUUGUUACAGAUGUGAUUAACAUGGUAGUUAAAAAAAUAAACAAGUGGGUAGAUAGGCGGACGAUGGAACUUAAAAUUAAUUACAAAUAUUAAUAAUAAUAAUAGUUGAUAAAUUGUUUUGAACAAUUAAUGACGUACCGAUUUAAAAAUAAAUUAUAUAUUACUGUAUUAUGUUGUUGAUUAAACGAAUAUGCUCGUUAGUGGUGCUGGUAUUGGCGGUAAAUAUUGCGAGAGCUUUAUUGCCAGAUGAUUUUGAGGAGCAACAAUUUACGGGUGAUAAUUUACAACAAGAUUGUGCAUCGAGAUGCCCCGACCUAGAUUUCAAUCAGAACCGCACAGAUGACAUAUCAGAAGUUGGAUGCGGCGUAAGAUGCAAAAUAGAUCAGUGUGAAAAAGGAUGCGCAGCAUGGGAACAGGCCUUAGAAACAAGUUGCCAAUCAACAUGUAACGGUACACAAGAAUUACUACCGCCGAAAGAACUCUACUGUGUACUAGGAUGCCACGACGCGUUGAAUCGAUACUUUCAACAGCUAAAAGCGGAAAUAGGUGUUCCACCGGCGCCGGCUCUUGUCGCGGAUUCGCUGACAGCCACAUCUCUGAGGCUCGAGUGGAAAGGGGUUGACAUUAAGAGGCGAGCCGCGGGAAUUUCUUAUUUGGUCCAAUGGAGGUACGAAGAGCUCGCGGAAACUUGGCAGUACUGUCGUAAUCAGUCUUGGGGAGAAGAUGAUCAAAUUCUGGUGGAUAAUCUCCAGCCGUAUACCAAAUACAGGUUUCGGGUGGCCUUGCUGCUGAAGUCGUCCCAACACAAUCCCGAGCCGAUAGUGUCAGCCCCUUCGGUAGUUAUACUGACAUUAGCUGCGGGUAGCCCCUCAUCAGUACCGGUAAUUGUAAGAGCAGCGGCCGUCGAUAGUUACAGGGUCUCUGUAUCUUGGGAACCAGGACCUUUUCCCAACGGUCCAUUAUUGUCCUAUGUUUUACAGUUGCAAGGAGAUGAUUUCUUCUUGCUUAACAAGGACAUACCAGCGUCUGAGAACACAGACCACUAUAUGUUCCAAAAUUUGAAGCCGAAUCAAAAUUACUCCGUAAGUGUAUCAAUGAGGAAUGCAGUCGGGGAUGGACCUCCAGCGGUUACAUACAUAACGACACCUCCCGAGCCAGCUGUAAAAGACACACAACAACCAAUACUAAUCUUAGGCGGUGAGCAUGUGGUGAUGAAACAAGGCGCAGACAUGUUGGAUGAGCCAAGCAUAAUUUACCGAGCAAACGGUCGCAUCCGCGGAGUAGCAAUUCACGUUUCUUCGGCCCAAUUAUUCGUGUCCGAUUCAAUGGGGUAUAUUUACAGGACUACAAUACUGAAAGAAACCGAGCCAAUUGUUGUAUUGCGACCGGACCAAGCGAACUUCAAGCCUUUAAGCUUGUCAGUAGAUUGGCUCAACUCCCAUUUGUACAUUUUGGGCGAAGUGAAUCACGCGACGACGGUCUGGCAAAUAGCAAGAUGCAAUUUGGACGGUAAAGGAUUGACUGUAGCAAUGGCUGGGUUCAUGACCCGACCGACGCACAUCGAAGUGGAUCCUUACAAUGGCUACUUAUUUUGGGUCACUCGGGGUGGAUUGUUUCGCUUGGAUUUGGCAGACAUCAGUAAUGGGAUAAAACACGAAGUUCAGCCUUAUCUGAUCUUAGAAGACACACAUUUGGGCGCUUUUACAGUCGAUCAUACUAAUUUCAGACUACUGGUACCAGAUCACACUCAAAAUACGGUGAUAAGCGUCUCUUUAGACGGCCGAGAAGUUUUGAACCUAAGAGCCAACACUCAGCAGCCGAAGUUCACGAAUGUAGUGUCCUUGGCGAUGGCCAAUGGUCUGUUCUACUGGACAAAUGGCGUGGAAGUAUUGACGGAAGGGUAUCACUCCGGGCAGAAUCGGUAUUUUCAUAACGCGUAUCCUGAUAGGUCAGACGGUUCCUUUGUAAGCGUGAAUGUCUUUAUGGACGCAAGCCAACCAGUUCCGGUGCCAGUGAACCCUCCAACAGGGGUUCAAGCAGUUCUAGGAGCAGAAAGAGCUAAAGUAUCCUGGCAAGCUCCCCAUCUACUUGGGGGUCAAGGAAAAGGCGCUUGGCAAAACUGGUCCUAUGAACUGGAGAUCAAAGACGAGUCUACUGGCCACACUGUUCAGCAACGGAACAUUACUGGCUCCUCGCAUACUGUUUACAAUUUGCGUGAAAAGUCAGAGUAUACUAUUAAAGCAGCGGCUUAUACACACGCAGGCCGCGGACCUUGGUCGAGCGAGUUUCGCGGAAAAACUUUGCGAGAAAACUCACAUGCUUCUAUUCUCUGGUCUGCGAAUGAAGGAUUACUGAAGAGUGAUGUUACUGGGGAAAAUGUCAAUACUUUGAUCUACAAAGAUAUGCUGAAGGACAACGACAAUGACUACCAUAUUAUUGAUGCGAGUUGGUAUGAAGAUACUCUGUACUUUGUAGGGAAUAACUCCGCGUUGUAUCGCUACAAUAUUACGAGUCACCAGAAAACAAAGUUGAACAUCAAUUCCGUUGGAACUGUAGCCGUUGAUUGGUUUGCAAAAAAGCUGUACUGGGCGAAUCCGAAGCAGCAGAUCAUAACUCGCGCGAAUUUGAACGGAACUCAGCAGGAACCGAUGUCGAUACUCGCGAUAGUCAAGGAACUGAUCAUUGAUUCUCAAGAGGCGUAUUUAUACUGGUCUACUGGUCACGCUGUUGAAGUAGCGCGUCUUAAUGGCCUAGACCGACGUUACUAUCAUUCAGAUGAAAUUUUCAAUGGAAAACAGGUUAUGGGUUUAACGAUAGACACUGAAAACCGGUAUGUCUAUUGGAUAGUUCGAAGCUACGAAAGUGGAUCGAUUGUGUAUCGAGCGCCUACUUCGGAAAGAGUACCAAUGAGUCAAAGAUUGAUACCGGAAAAAGUUUCGUCAUUGCAGUACCCAAAUAUCCAAGGACCCCUUUGUUAUUUUUCCGAGCACCUGUUAUGGCUACAAGACGAUCGAAAUGCAGUUAUUGGCGACUUGACUGGCCAAAACACUGCAAUGAUCAAUGGGAUUAGUUUGAUUGGCCUGCAUAUGGUAGCAAUAAUGGAUCCUGCUCUGCAUCAAUACCCUCCGGGCUUGACAGCUGACAAUAUCACGGUGAUACCUCGCGCAGUUUCGCUAAACAGCAUUAGAGUGAUAGGUACUUGGGGUAAUUUCAAUGUUUCCUGGGAUCCAGUGACUAAUAUCAACCAUGGAACUGUUUUCUAUGAAGUUAAGUUCGCGAAUUACAUAAACGCUAACGCUAAUCCCGAAAUAACGACGGAUACUACGAUGUUGUAUAACAAUUCCGAGCAAAUCUUGCCGUAUUCGUUGUUAGAGGUUACUAUCAAGGCUUUUACUUACUGGGGAGCUGCGAUGCACACCCGAAAAGUUCUGAGAUCGCCUCAGAGCGAACCCACACAGCCUACAAACGUUCGUGGGUUUGUUGAGUUCAACAGAGCACCAAUCAAUACUGAUGCGAAUGAACAUCAUCAUGAUAAUGUUGAUAUUACAAUAACAUUCCGUUGGGAUCCACCGGAAUAUCCAAACGGAAUCAUAAAAGGUUACAAUUUACACUGCUGGUUUUUGAACAAUAGCAAAAAUGUCGACGUGUUCAAUGGCCUGGAAGUACAGCACGAUAAAUGGGAGUACGUUGUGAAUAACCUCAGGGCAAAUACAACAUACUACUUUGAAGUACAAGCUUUCACGGAAGUCGGAGCAGGCUCGUUUGCUGACAUGAUUAAUAUUUCGACAGAGAACGAAGAUCCGGUGCCUCAAUUGAUCGUUGCAUCGGUUGACGCUCUUAAAUUGGUGGAUCUUGAUUUGAAGAGUGAAGUUAUUUUGACGAGACACGUCGCCAUUGAAAUGCGUUACGUCACGCUCGAUGAUAAGCUUUAUUGGAUCAACGAAAUGCAGGAAAUAGUGAUGGCCAAUUUUAACGGUACCAAUACGACGAAAAUAUUGUCGCUCAACAACACUGCUACUUCAAUGUGCGUCGACUGGAUAUCAAGAAACCUGUAUUGGUCUGAAUAUCAACGCAAGUCUGGGGUCAGCAGUAUCUUGAAACUGGACUUGACCGCUUGGGAGUCCUCUGGAACGUUGAUUUACGAAAAAAUAGUAACAAACAGCAGAAAUAUCAUCAAUUUGGAAGUAUCACCUUUGACUGGUGACUUGUUCUGGAUUGAAUUAACUGCAGGAAAGCAUGGAAGUAUUGUGCAAUCAGACCUGUACGGUUCUCACAUCAGGCCUUUCUUCAACCACGAUGACACUGAUUGCUCGUGUCCAUACCGACCGUUGAUAAAGCCUUCAAUGACCAUAGACAGCACGGAUCCUCACAACCCGGUGAUGUACUGGACGUCGAUGGAGGAGCAUUUGAACAUUGCGGGUAUCAAUGGCUGUGUUUGCAGCAACGUGAUAAGCUCAGGAUUCAAUCGUGGACUACCUCCAAUUUCUUUAACAGCGGACAAGAUCAAUGUUUAUUGGCUGGACGCUGCUGGGAGUGGAAUUCACUACGUUAACAAAAAUUACCCCUACGAGCAGGACAUCAAGCGAAUUUACUUCGACAAUAUCAGAACCAUCAAAGCAAUUGGAAAAUCACUGCAGUCCUAUCCAAAUUCCGACUGCUUGAUUCCGUACCAAAUGUCUUACACCGUCGAAGAAUUGGUUAAGAAGUCUAACAGCAUCACGGUAAAGUUACCAAACCCAGAAACCCAUCUAGGCUGCGAGAAAUACAAUCUACCGGGAACUCUGUUCACAAUUCAGGUUUCAAGAUGCCACGAUUCAACAACCUGCGAUACAAACGACAUCUUGGAGUUCAAGACCUACAAAAAAGAGUUUGAGAUUGUAAACUUACAGCCGUUUACAAUGUACCAGUUUAAAUUGGCGCUGAGUAAUUACUACAGCGAUAUUAUCAAAGUAAAACGCGAGUUUGGGAAUCCUAUUGUCUUGAGAACUGCUGCUGGCGCUCCCUCAGCGCCUCAGAACGUCACGGUGAAGUCUUGUACGCCAACUUUAGCCGCAGUUUACUGGCUAGCUCCGCGGAUUUUGAACGCAGCCGCAGUAAGAUACGAAAUUCAUUGGCGAACUCUUAGAUUGGUUAACGGAGAGCGUCCAAAAGGGGAAAAGUUGAUUAAAAAUCUCGGCAAAGCUGCUGAUGGGAGGUUCAUGGAGCUUUUGAAGCCGCUGCUUCCUGGGCAGGAUUAUUUGGUCUACAUCCGAGCUUACCCGGCGGAUUCUAACGAUACUUAUGGGGAAAGCGAGGGUCAUAUUGUCAGCAUGUAUCCAGAACCUAAUAAUCUGACUAAUAUCGCGAGUAGCGUCAACACCCUGAAUGUAACUUGGGUACCGAUGGUCAAUGUAACCGUUAAUCACACCCUAGAGUUCACUACCGUCGGCUUGGAGAAAUGGCAAGUUGCUGAUAGUUUUGUCGUCGGUAAAGACAACAAAACUGAAUACCGCAUCCGCGGAUUAAUGCCAAGAACGCUCUACAAAUUCAGGUUGAUUCUCCGGUAUCCAAACUACCAUGACGAUUUCUUGUGGCCUUCAGAUGCGAGAUUCACCUUCCAAACCUCUGGAGAUGUCCCUAGUCCUCCUGGAAGACCUAGCGUCACUAAACUCAGGAAUUCCGUGUAUCAGUUGAACUGGGAACCGGCUCGGGCUCACGGCUCUCAGGUCAAGAUGUACCGAUUGGAGGGUAAAAUCAUCGAAAACGAUCUCGAAGGCUUAAAAGCUACUCAAGAUAAUGAAGGAUGGAAGCUUUAUUACACCGGUACGGACAAUUACUGGAUAAUCGUUGGGGAAAUGAAUCAAAAGUACAAGUUUCGUGUUCAAGCUACUAAUGCUUACGGGUCUGGCGGGUGGAGCGAGACAAGCGGAAUUAUCGACCUUACUGAUACUAUCGGGACUACUUUGGCGAGCCAACAGCAUUUAGGAUUAAUUUUGGGAUUGAGUGUGCCUUUUGUUAUUAUUGUAUUAAUUUGUUUCUGCUACUUCCUUUGCUUGUACAAUAGACGGCGCAAAGAAGUCAAAAAGUCAAUUUUACCGCCGGUGAUGUCAGAUGUCGAAUUGGCGACACUCAGGGAAAUACCGAGGGGUAAUUUUGUCCAGGCAAACGCGCUUUAUGUAUCAUCUUUGCAGAAUGACAACGAAGAACUGAUGCUUAUGAAAAUAAGCAAGCAUCAGGUGGAAAAAGACAAGUUUCUUGGAAGAGGCGCUUUUGGAGAAGUCUUCCAAGGAAACGCUAAAGAUUUGGACGGUCCGGGAGUUAUAACGCCCGUAGCAAUAAAAACUUUGCGCAAAGGCGCUACAGCCCAUGAAAAGACUGAAUUUUUACAAGAAGCUCAACUGAUGAGUCAAUUUAAACACAAAAACGUUCUAAGAUUGCUGGGAGUUUGUCUUGAACAGGAUUCGCCGUGGCUGAUCCUGGAAUUGAUGGAGGCGGGAGAUUUAUUGAGUUAUUUAAGAUCUAGUCGUCCGUUACCUCCGACAGAUCAUCGCGCGUUGAGAUUACAGGACUUGCUGGCAAUGUGUGAAGAUGUUGCUCGUGGUUGUCAUUAUUUAGAGAGCUUGCACUUUGUUCAUCGAGACUUGGCUUGUCGAAAUUGUCUUGUUUCCGCGAAAAAUCGCGAAAAUCGGGUGGUUAAAAUUGGAGACUUUGGUCUUGCAAGGGAUAUUUAUAAAAAUGAUUACUACCGUAAGGAAGGCGAAGGACUGCUCCCAGUCCGUUGGAUGCCGCCAGAAGCUCUAUUAGACGGCGUUUUCUCGACGCGAAGCGACGUCUGGGCUUUCGGAGUCCUGAUGUGGGAAAUAACCUCCCUCGGACAACAGCCAUACCCCGCCAGGACGAACGGUGAAGUAUUGCAGUACGUGACCCAAGCCGGGGGAAGACUGCCAAAACCAAUAAAUUGCCCCCCAGCGCUCUAUCAAUUAAUGUCUCGCUGUUGGAGUCAUCUGGACAGCAGACCAUGCUUCAAAACUUGCCUCGAGGAAAUAACGCUCUUGAAAAACAACACCGAUGACGCGACGUUAAUCCCCGUGCAUGCGGGUCACUAUUUAGCGCGGCGAGGCGUCUCUAACAUGGCUUACUUUGCUGACGAGAAUCAAAUUCAUUAUUCAGGCAAUUCAUGGAAAUCAAGUAGUUCAGAAGGAAGCCGUGAUAUGCAGCCGUUCCUGCAAGACACGAGCAGCACAACAGUAACAACAAUCCGUCUUUCGGACGUAGAGUUACCUAAAUACCUCGAAUUGCUGGCGGAGAGUUCCGGCGUGAUAAUAAAGCCCCAGACCGACGAGUACGAGGUCCCGCGGUCGAUACAAAUCGUACCAAGUCUCGCUGAUAAGAAAAUCGGACAACCGGACUUGGCUACAAAGCCCAGCGAGCUUCCUCGGCGCGAGAUAACCCCGGAGGACCGCGAGCACUUGGAUAAUAUACUGUCACAAAUUGGGACACUGAACGCCACCGAGAGGAGCAAAACGCUGGACAACUUGAGAUUGAAAAAUAACGCAAAAGUUAUAAAUGCAUUUAAAAAUGGUCUUAGAGCCUCUUUGAACGAGCGAUCUUCAAGACAAUUGUCUAGUAAUAUUAAUAAUAAAAAUAAUGAUGGAAGCUCAAAGAUUAGUUUAGAUGAUAGAAAUUGUAGCUCACUCGGUUCAUCUAUAAGUUCACUGCGCGGAUCAUUGCCAUCAACCCGGCCGAGCUCUUCGGUCCUUGGCUCUCAACACAAUCUUCCAUUGAAAAAUAUCAAUCAUAGUAAUAAUUAUAAUUACAGUAAUAACAACAAUAAUAAUAAUAAUAACUCAUUAGAUAGCAAUCAUAGUUCGACAUCGUCUUCCACGUCAAUAACAACGACGUCGAUCGCCCCGAAGGAUAAUAAUAAUAUUAUAAUUAAUGAAACUAAUAUUAUUGGCAAUGGCACUUUAAGGGUGCACAAAAAUCACGCGAAUUUAGAAGGUAGUAGAGCAAAUAUACCUCUUGUUAUGAACAAUGUCUUGUUAAAUUUAUUGCGACAACCGCCUCAAGUUAUUGACGAAAGUACUAAUAAUAUUGUUACGUAUACAAAUGUAAAUACUGAUUCAACUAGGGUUAGUUAAGCUUUUUAUUUAAUAAUUAAUAUAUCAGGGAUCUGAUACCAGUGCCUUUUUAUAAAUUAUUUAUAUUUAAUAAUUAUGACAAAUUUUAUAUAAAUUUAUUAUAUAUUGAUGCACAGAUUAAAAUCACUUCCAAGCGUGCCAGUUUAUUUUUUUUUUUUAA